AUGAUCCUCAAGCGCGUAACGGCGCCGCGCAUCGGCUGGAUGUUAGCGAGAAAUAACCAGUACGGCCUCGGCUCUAUGGGUCUUACUAUGGCUGCGAACCUGCAGCGAUACCUAGCCAAAAGUCCAGACGAACGGAACCUGACUUACUUCAACCGCACACUAUCCGCUGGCGACCCUCUCAGAGAACUAGGCGCAAUCCCUGCAGCGAGUUUGCUGGACCUGGUCAAGAAGAGUGAUGUUAUCUUUACUAUGGUACCCUCUAUUUCCGUCACAUCCCCUUCUAACAAAAUCCUUACCGAAACAUUCAAUGCAAUCACAUCCUCAUCCACGAUCAUUGAUAAGAAGACAUUCGUCAACCGCUCGACUGUCCACCCAGAAACUACGGCCUCCAUUUCAGAUAUUCUCUCUGGUCUCGACGCGGUCUUCCUUGCAGCUCCAGUCUUUGGAGGCCCAGCUGUUGCGCAGUCGGGGCAGCUGGUGUUUGCUUUUGGCGGACCGAGUCAGAACCAGAAUCAGCUCGAUAUCCGACGGUACAUCGUAGGCGUAAUGGGGAAGAAGGUGAUUGAGUGUGGGACAGAGGCGAGGAGUGUGAGUUUGUUAAAGAUAGGGGGGAAUAUCAUCACCUUGAAUCUCAUGGAAGCUGUCGGGGAAGCACAAGUCUCCGCGGAGCGAACAGGUCUCGGAACAGCGGCAAUGGAGGAGCUAAUCACCGAGUCGUUUUGGAACUGUUGCAGGGGAUACUCGAAGCGAUUAACCACCGGCAUCUACGCCCCGCCACUAAACACCCGGCCCGGCUUUGGAGUCUCACUGACCAUAAAGGACGCCGACCAUGCAUUGUCCAUAGCGAGUGCAGCCAAUGCAAAACUUCCAGGCUGGAACUGGCGAGCAUUUACAUGCGGGCUGCUCGAGAAUACAGGAGAGAGCACGAGGAGAGCCAAAAGGACCGGGUACACUCCGGUAUGA